AUGCUAAACUUUAGAACUAUACUUGUUUUUGUUGCUGCUAUAAGUUUUGUAGCAAGCGAAUGUCCAUGUCCAGAUAUAUCUCUAUGUCAACCAUUACAAAUUGGAUCUCGUCAUGAAAAAGUUGCUUUUAUGACAGCAGAUUCUAAUUGGCGUUAUUAUGAUUAUUCACAAUUAACAACUAUUGUUAUAUGUACAGAUGAUUUUGAUCCUCAGUUACUUUGUUUAGCACAUUCACGAAAUGUUCGUCUUGUAUGGAUUGCUAAUUAUGAUGUAAAACAAUUAGGUAAUGCAACAGCACGAACUCUAUGGGUUAAUUCCCAAGUUGAUAAAGUUAAAAAAUCGUUUACUGAUGGUGUUAAUCUUGAUAUGGAAGAUGAAAUUGCCAAUGGAACUAUUACAGCACUUCAAUAUACACAACUUGUUCAAGAACUUUCGAAUUUAAUACGUAUUGAAGUACCUGGAUCGAUGAUUAGUGUUGAUGUUGGUGGAACUGCACCGUGCGAUGACGGACGCUGUUAUGAUUAUACUGGUUUAGCAGAUGCAAGUGAUUUUCUUUUUGUUAUGGCAUAUGAUUUACGAUCACAGAUCUAUGAUUUAAAUGAUUGUAUUGCAUCAGCAAAUUCACCAAUUGCACGAGUUGAAGGUGGCUUAACUAAUUAUACGGAUAUAUUUCACAUUGCACCAUCGAAACUUGUUCUUGGUGUACCUUGGUAUUGUUAUGAUUAUAAAUGUUUAACACUUGAUGCUAAUAUGACUUGUACAAUUGAACAUAUUCCUUAUCGUGGUGCUCCAUGUUCAGAUGCAGCUGGAGUUCAACAUGAUUAUAAAUAUUGUCGAGAAUUAUUACGUGUAAAUUCUACAACUGGUCGUUUAAUUGAUAAUCGAACAGGUGGAGUAUUUUUCAAUUAUAAAAACCAAGGAGAUGGAUAUACACAUCAAAUCUGGAUGGAUGAUCCAGAAACACUCGUAAUUAAAUAUGAUCUUGCUAAUACUCGACAUUUAUUAGGAAUUGGUAUGUGGCAAGUUGAUGCUCUUGAUUAUUCUCCAAAUGCAACACAAGAUACAAUAGCUAUGUGGAAUGCAAUGGAAAGAUUUCAUUUUCGAAAUUAA